ACGAUGGUCUGAAUAAUAAUUUUCCUGUUCUAACUCUUCAUUGUGUAUUUUAAUCCAACGGUUAUCAAAGUUUCUCAGUGUCAUUCAGGUGUUAAUUAUUUAAAAGAUUAGAUUUUUGGUGCACAAAUAUCUUAAAAAAGAUAUAAUCAGUCCUGAGAUUUGAAUGCAGCCCAAUGGAUGACCUGGCAUUAUGAGCCCCCACGCGCUCCCUUGAGGAAGAUCACUUUUUGUCUCAAAGGAAACAGUUAUUAGCCAGUGACCCCCCGCCUGAUCUGCGUGGACGCGCUGUCUGUCUCCUCCUGUUGCUCGAGUCGGUGAACGCUCGCCAGCUGGCAUCAUCAUCAUCAUCAUCAUCAUCAACAUCAGUCUGAGAUAGCGGACUGUCAGGAAGCAAGCGGUAAUGAAAGGAAGCAGAAAACAUCCGAGAUAGCCCGCUAGAAACCGACCUGACACCAUGUCCUGUUUAAAGGGACUCUUCACCAGCUGCCUUGUGUUGGCGAGCGUGCUGUCCUGUGCCAAGGCAGUGCCAAUAAGUAUAGACAAAACUAAGGUGAAGCUCCCAGAGGAGGCAGUCAAAGAGUCACCUCAGAGUGUGGACACUGGACUGCAUUAUGACCGUUAUCUCAGGGAAGUUAUUGAUUUCCUUGAGAAAGAUCAACAUUUCAGAGAGAAGCUCCACAACACAGACAUGGAAGAUAUAAAGCAAGGAAAGCUGGCUAAUGAGCUUGACUUUGUCAGCCACCAUGUGAGAACCAAACUGGAUGAACUAAAAAGGCAAGAGAUCAGCCGUUUGAGGACCCUGAUCAAAGCCAAGCAUGGCAUUGAAGGAGGGAAUGAUAUUGCAGUUGAUCACCAGGCCUUACUCAAACAAUUUGAAUAUAUAAACCACAUGAACCCUCACACAUUUCAGGUGGAAGAUCUGGACAGACUCAUCAAAUCGGCUACAAAAGAUCUGGAAAAUUACGACAAGGAAAGGCAUGAAGAAUUCAAAAGGUACGAGAUGAUGAAGGAGCACGAGAGACAGAAGCACCUGAAGACACUUGAUGAGGAGGGCAAGAGGAAAGAGGAGGAGCACUACGAGGAGAUGAAGAAGAAACAUGCUGAUCACCCCAAAGUCAAUCACCCUGGUAGUAAGGAUCAACUGAAAGAAGUGUGGGAGGAUGCUGAUGGCCUGGACCCGGAAGAUUUUGACCCCAAAACAUUCUUCAGCCUGCAUGACACGAAUGGAGAUGGCUUCUUUGAUGAACAAGAGUUGGAAGCCUUGUUCACUAAGGAGCUCGAAAAGAUCUAUGAUCCAACUAAUGAAGAGGAUGACAUGUUGGAAAUGGAGGAGGAGAGGCUGCGAAUGAGGGAACAUGUCAUGACUGAGGUUGACUCCAAUAAAGACAGACUGGUGUCCUUAGAUGAGUUCCUGGUUGCCACGAAGAAAAAAGAGUUUCUGGAACCGGACAGCUGGGAAACUCUAGAACAGAACCAGGCUUACACUGAGGAAGAAAUGAGAGAGUUUGAGGAGCAGUUGACCAGGCAAGAGCAAGACUUGAACCAGAAAGCAGCUGACCUUCAAAAACAGCGAGAGGAACUGGAAAGACAGCAGAAGCAACUCAAUGCCCAGAAAAUAGAACUGCAGCAGGCUGUUGAGCAUAUGGAGCGGUUAAAAAUACAGCCUCCACCUGAGAUGCAUCUGGAAGGAAAUGCUGUUCCUGAGUCUAUAGGACAAAACCAACCUCUGCCACCCGGACACCAGGAUAUCCCUCCAGAACAACAUAAUGUACCUGAGAAUCAACAAGAUCUGGGACAAGGACACCAAUAUAUACCCCAAGAUGACCAGCCAAUGCUUCCUGGCCACAACAACCAACCCCAAGAUCCACCACAGGUGCCCCUCAAUCACAACAAUGUGCCAUAGGACUAUCAUAUGGCUUUUAGUGCUCAAUGGUUGUGUGUGAUUGUGUGGAGAAACUGACCUAGCGCCAGGCUUACAGAGACUUCAACAAACAGUACCUCCUGCCCAGUAUGAGUCAAUGACGAUGUGCUGCGGUUUUGAUUUUAGAAGGUAAUUGGCUGGAUUUAAAUGCAUAAUACAUCUGUAGGACAUGCAGACUUUGCUGUUUGAUAUAAAUGUUUACUUUCUUUUCGUUAUUGAAAUCUUUUUCAUAUGUUGAGGAUAUCUUAUUUUCCAAUACAGUGGAUUGGAUGUCUGUGUGAAUGCUUUUGUUUUGCACAUUUUUGUUUUUCCCCCAGAAAUUUUAAUGGCUACACAGAGCUACAUGGGACCUAGUUUUGUGGUAUCAGAAUAUUGUUGAAUUGUACUGGACAUUUUAUGUUUUUUUUUAUUGAUUAGGGCCAUCCUGAACUUUUAACUGUUGCUUGCAUUGGGAAUUUUGAGAGUUAAAUUUAAGUCAGAUGUGUCAAUAAAAACAUCUAUUUGAAAA